AGAAGCAUCACCUAGCUGUUCCACCGGAGUUCGGUGUCGGUUCUCUAUUGUGUUUGUUGGGGGCCGAGUUGGAGAUGGCGGCCGUGCUGCUGCAGGUCCUGGAGCGGACGGAGUUAAACAAACUCCCGAAAGGCGCCCAGAACAAGCUGGAGAAGUUUGUGACGGAGCUGCAGAAUGCUAACGAGGCGCUGAAGACACUACACGAGCGCUUCAAAGCAGACAGCGAGCAGCAGUACUUUGACAUCGAGAAGAGACUGUCAGAGAGCCAGGAACAGAUCCUGUCAGCCACCAGAGACUUGCAGACCCUGAAGGAGGAAAAUAAGAAACUCAAUGAAGAGCUGAGUACCCUGAAAGGAAUAGAGGGAGAGACCUUUCAAGAUAAAACACCACAGCCGCAAACAAAGACAAAGUAUGAGAUUGAGGCAGAGAAGAGGGAGCUGGCGAGGUUGCUGGAGAAGAGAACACAGGAGGUGGAGAACCUUACACAGGAUGUGAAUCGUCUUAACGAGAAGCUGACUGAGACAAACAAAGUGAAGAUGGAGCUGCAGUUGAAACUGGAUGAAAUACAAUCAUCUGAGACGUCGCUACAGCAUCGAGAGAAGCGUAUGGAGCAGGAGAAAGAAUUACUGGAGAAGAAAAUUGAGUGGUCAACCACAGAGCUGAAGAACAAGACCGAUGAACUGCUCAACACCAACAGAGACAAAGGCAAAGAGAUACUGGAGCUUCAGAGUAGUCUGAAGAACACCAAGGAGCAGGUGACCACACUGGACAGUCAGCUCAUGUCUUUGAAGCAAACCAGUGAAAGCCAAAGUAAAAGAGCUGAUGACCUCAACAACAAACUCAAACAGGCUAAAGAUGAGCGGAGUGCCAUGGAGGAGAAAUACCGCAAUGAGCUCAAUGCUCACAUCAAGUUGUCUUCAUUGUACAAGGGGGCAGCAACAGAUAUGGAUACAAAAAAUCAAGAACUGUGCAGAGCUGUGGAAGAGCUCAGCAAAGUUGUUAAAGACAACGGGGAGUCCAAUAAGACUCUGGAGAAGAAGGUGUCUGAGGGAGCAGAGCUGAAGACGCGGCUUGAGGCAGAGCUGAAGGAAAAAAUCAAGAAAAUGGAGAAAGAGCUGGAAAAUGUCACAAUGAAGGCUUCUGGGAAACACUGCUGUGUGCCAUCUCUGACUGAUGAGCAGCUGGACCACAUGUGUCCUUCAGCAGCUGCCAUUGCUGCGAUUGUAAAGCCUGGCAUGAAGUUCUUUGACCUUUAUAAUGCCUAUGCAGAGUGUCAGACGCAUCUUCAGCUUGAGAAACAGGAGACCAACAGAGUGAGCCGAGUGUUGGAUGAGAUCGUCCAGGAAGUCGAGUCCAAAGCGCCCGUCCUGAAACGUCAGAGACAGGAGUAUGAGGGCAUGCAAAGGUCCAUGGCUUCCCUGUGCAACAAACUGGAACAGGCUCGAAUGGAAAUCCACGGUUUGCAAAAAGAGAAAGAAGAGACCAAGCAACGGUGUGAGGCAUUGGAGAGAGAAAAACUGAGGGGAGAGAGACAGUUAGAUGAUACAUCUACACAGGUGUGUGUUCUUUUGGCCGAGCUUGAGGAAGCCAGAGGUAAUCGGGUGAUCAAGACUGACAGCAACACCACCGACAUUUCCAGCACCUCUGAAGUCAACAACCCACGGCAGUUGUCUUUCCGCAGUGUUGAAGAGCUGCAAAAGCAGAACCAGAGCCUUCUGGGAAGGCUGAGGGAGCUGGAGCAGGAGAAGGACAGAGAGCAGAGCCGUGUGACUUCAGCACGUGUGUCUGAAUUGGAGGCCAGUGUGGAUAAACUCCAGAAGGAGGUGGAGCAUCUGAGAGAGCAGAGGAACCAGCAGAAACAGCUGGCUGACUCCAACGCCAGACAGAGAGACAUGUACAAGACCCUGUUGACUCACAGCACUGGCUUCAGCCUGCCUCCUCAAGGUCUAGAGUCCUCAUCCCAGCCCGCACAUGUUCGUCCUUCAGCCCCAGGAACUCGCUCUACUCCGCAAAGAGCUGCUGCCGUCGAGGCAGCACAGAGUACUCAGGCUAAAGCUGCUUUAAAACAGCUCAACGAUGCCUUCAGUCUGUAUAAAAAAGAGAAGGCAGAGAACGACAGGAUGCUGAAUGAAACAAACGACAGACUAGAGAGCCAGAUAACACAACUCAGCUCCAGUCACGCCAAGCUGACUUCUCAACUAGAGUUCAGCAACAAGAGGUAUGAGAUUCUCCAGGAGACUGUAUCAGCCUACCGCAGAGAGAUCUCUGCCCUUCAGGACAGGAAUCAAAAAAUGUCUGCUACGGCCCAACGACACGAGCACAUCAUCCACACAAUGACCCAGGACCUGCGGCAGGCUAAUGAAAAACUGUCACUGGAAGAGGUGCGUGUAGUGAACGUGACCAAAGAGAGAGAGAUGUUAAGACAGGCAGAGAGUCGACUGACUCGAGAGAAGGAAGCCAUACUGGCUGAGCAACGUAACCAGAACCUACUGCUCACCAACCUCAAGACAAUACAGUUGACUAUGGAGCGAGCGGAGACAGAGACCCGCCAGCGACUGAACAACAAGAUCGAGCAUCUGGAGGCAGAGCUAGCUUCCAUGAAGAGCAGGAUGGACCAGGAAGUUGCUCAAAGACAUUCCCUCGGACGAACUAUGGAUGCUCAGCUGUUAGAAGCCAAGAAGCAGCUUGAGACCCAGAACAUCCUGCAGCAGAGAACCAGGGAGUUGUUGCGCAGCUCUGAACAGCAGGUGGCAACACUGAAAACCCAGCUGGCUUCAUCCUCUGAGGCUGUCACCAGCUCCAGCAACACCACAACCCAAGCUACCAGAGCUGCACCCGUCAGAGCUCAACUGAGAGUACGCCCUCAAGCGCCAGCAGCCUCCCAGCAGCCUCCCAGCCAAUCAGAACAGGAGAUUGCAGAGGUGAGAGGUCUUCUCCGUACUGCUGAGGAACAGAACAGUGAACUGGCAGAGCAGCUGAAGAACGCCAAUGCUACUGUGGAUCAGUACAGAGCCGUGGUACUGACUCUGGAAGACAGUCUGAAGAAAGAAAAGGAGUCCCGCUCCCCCCUGGAGACCCGACUAAAGGAGUCCGAUGAGGUGCAGAAGCAGCUGGAGAAGAGGAUUGUAGAGGUGGAGAAGAUGAAGCAGCGGGAGCAGGAUGAGGGGAGGAAAGCUGUGGACGCGGUGGAGAAACAAGUAGGUGAGCUGCAGCGCAGUCUGAAGACCAGUCAGACGGAACAGCAGGAGGCGCUGGAGAGAGCAGCUGCUUCUCUUACACAGGAGCAGAAGGCCACACAAGACAGUCUGCUGCAGACUAAGCUUGCCAGUGAGGCGCAGUCUAAGUAUGAGCGGGAGUUGAUGCUUCAUGCUGCUGAUGUGGAGGCUCUGCAGGCGCUCAAGAAAAGAAUACAACAAGAUGUGGCACAGAAGAGGGAGUUAGAGGAGCAAAUAAAUAAGACGUCCUCCCUCCUGCAGGAGAAAACUGCUGCAUUGAACACACUGGAGAAACAGCUGAAGGAUGACCUGUCUACUCAGAGUAGGCGCUGUGAGGAGCUGGGGAAGCAGAAUGUUCUCUUGCACCAACAGAUGGAUGACAUGGCCUCCAAGAGUCGUCAGCAGCAGCAGCAGCUCGACCUGUCAUUCAGUGAGGAAGGAAAGACCACUGAACAGAUUAUAGAAAUACUCAGGUUUGUGCGGCAGGAGAACCAGAUAGCUGUGGCUCGAUUUGAGGUGUCAGAAGGAGAAACCCUUCGCUACAAACAGCGAGUGGAACACCAAGACAGAGAACUUAAGGAGCUACAGGACACCCUGAAUGCUGAGAGGCAGAAAAUGCAGGCUACAGCUAAGACUCUGGUCCAGCAAGAAGAGCAACUGAAGAAGAUGAGCACUAUCAGUGCUCUACAAGAAAACAACAGGAUGCUGAAAAUGAACAGAGAUAAGAUGCAGCAGGAGCUGCAACAAGCGCAGGCUAAAGUGACAAAGCUGCAGUCAGACAUCAGUCCACUGCACAACUCUCUGUCUCUGCUGUCAGAAAAAAAUGGCUCCAUGCAGGCUGAUAAGAGGCUUCUGGAAGAAGAUCUCAAACACUGGAAGGCCAAAGCACAGCUGCUGGCCAGCCAACGGAAAGAUGGAGAUGUUGAGGAGAAACAAAAACUGACCAAUGAGAGAGAAGCUCAGCAGAGACGCAUCGCACAUCUCGCUGAAGAGACAGCCAAGCUGAAGACUGAACUGGCCAGAUCCAGUGCCAGCAGUAACUCAACUCAGUCUCAGCUGCAAGGCCUCAGAGACUCUGUGGCCCAACAGAUAUCAGAGAAAGAAAAUCUGAAGAAAGACCUGGAAACAAAAAAAAAUGAGAUCCUGGAGAAGAACAAGACCAUCACCCAGGUGAAGAAGAUCGGACGACGCUACAAGACGCAGUAUGAUGAGCUCAAAGUCCAGCAUGACAAGCUGGUUGCGGAAACAGCCUCUAUAGCAGGGAGCGAGGCAGGCCCUAGUCAGGAGGUGCAGCAGGAGCUGGCCAAAGCCCAGGAGGAGCUCAAUAAGGCCAGAGAUGAGCUGAAAACACUGAAAGAAGAUGUGCAGAAGAAACAGCAAGAGACCCACAAGGCCCUGCAAGAGCUGGAGGAGGCGCAAAAGGAAAACCAGAAGACCAAGGAAAAGUCCCAGGAGGUUCAAAACCAGAUUACAAAGAACCAGAACCAACUCACACAGUUGCAGUCCCAGUUGUCGCAGACCCAGUCUCAGCUGCAGCAGAAUCAGAACCAGCUGACCCAGAGUCAGAAAGAGCUUCAACAAGCCAAGACCCACACCCAGCAGGUACAAAACCAGUUAAAAUCAGCUCAAACUCAAGCCCAGGCCCGUCAGAGUCAGAAUCAGCUGCUCCAGAAGGAGCUGCAGCAGGGGAAAGAAGCGCUCCAGCAGAGCCUCGCCAGUCAGAAGGAGCAGCAACAGACUCAUCAAACCAAUCAACAAAGCCACAACCAGGAAGUCGGCAAUCUCAAGACCACUCUAAGCCAAUCAGAGGGCAAGGCGACUGAACUGCAGGGACAGCUGGACAGUUUGCAGAAGACUGUUGGUGAGCGUGAAGCAGACAUCAAGCGUCUGCAGGAGCAGCUGAAUGAAGCUAACCAGGCCAAUGAAGCUACUCAAGCCACACAGGCCAAGAGUUUCCAGGCCAGUGAUGCAAACACAGCUGGUGACACCAACAAGGCUCAACAAGAGGAGGUUGCUAAACUCAGACAAGAGCUUUUGGACUGUAAGAACAAAGAGGAGCAGCUGAGACAGCAGAUUUCUGAUAAAGAAGAAAAGACCAAGAAGGCCUUCAUGGGAGCUAAGACCAAAAUCAGCCAGCUCAUCAAUGCCAAAGAGCAGCUCAGUAAGGAGACAGAAGAACUGAAACAGAACAAGGAGGAGCUGGAGGGGAGAGUAAACGCCCUCAAGUCUCAGUACGAAGGUCGACUUUUUCGCCUGGACAGAGAGCUGAGAGAACUGAGGGAGACACAGUCACAGUCUGAGCCCAGAGAGGAGCCACAGGACCAGAGUGGCUCUAAGGUGGUGGAUCAGCCGAGAUCCGCAGACCAGAGACAGAUAUCUUUGAAGAGUCCAGCCCAAGACAGAGGAGGCUCUAGUCUGUCUGAUCCUCCCACUGCUAACAUCCGCCCAACCCCAAGUACUCCAUCUCCUGGCAACAAGCCCAGCCCCUCCCCUGGUAGCAAGGCCACACCCCGGGCCAGUAUCCGGCCUAUGGUUACCCCGGCAACCAUCCCAAUCCCGACACCUACCGCCACCGUCAUGCCAACCACACAAAGUGACAGUCAAGAGGUGCUAAUUAGUACAGGAGUGGCUGUACACUCCACCACCUCCAGUCUGGUGAGCGCACCCACCUCUAUAACUCAACCAACCAGCUUACAAGCCACAGCUUUUGUCCAGCCAACUCAGCAGCAGGCAGCCAGUCAGGAAGCAGGGUCCAGCAUGGACACAGAGCGACCAUCCACAUCCUCUUCUCUGAUUGGUGCAGGUUCAAAGCGAGCCAGAGAGGAGGAAGAGGAGGAGCAGCAGCAGGAGGAGGAAGAAGAGGAGAGCAGACCUGAGAGUUCCCACACAUCACCAACCACUAAAAAACUACGACUAAAACCAUCAAUAGCACUGGAGAUGGAAGGUGAUGAGGAGAUGGAAGGAGAACUGAGGGAUGAGGGGGAACAACAGGAUUCCCCAGAUGACAGUCAGGAGCUUCCAGAAGAGGGUUUCCCCAUUUUAGCAGAAGAUGAGGAGGACAUUGAAGAAGAAGGCGUGUCCCAGUCUGUCCCCUCUUACCAAAUGUCGUCUCAGGGCUCCACUAUAAUCCGAGAUGUCAUUGUGAUCGACACAGACAGUGAAAGCCGAGAGAGCAAAGAUGGGGAGGAGAAGCAGGAGGACGAAGAGGAUGAGGAGGAAGAGGAAGGAGAUGAGUAUAAGGAGGAAGAAGAGGACGAUGAAGAUGAGGAUGAUGCUGGUGAUGGUGAGAUGAGGGGAGGAGAUGAAAGUAAUGAGAGGAGCGGGGCUGAAGACGAGGGAGAGGAGGAAGAUCCAUCAGAAGCCACCAACGCUGAGGAGGAUGUGGGUGGAGCGUCGUCAGACUCCCAGCAUGCCUCUGAGCCGCCGCAGAGCAGUGAAGGCAGCAGCAGCGCCACAUCAGAGUCUGACCCUGUCCGAGACCUUGUACACCUCCCCCCAAUUUCCUCCUCUAUAUCCUCACCCUCCUACUCCUCCCUUACACCCCGCUUGCCACACCCCCGUAGGCCCACACACUCCCUCCCACCGAGGCUUUACAUCCAACCUCCAGCUCCAGAGCUGGGACCCCCACACAUGCAGAGACAGUCCUCUCAGCUCCGUAGAACAUCAGUAGGACGUGGACUUCAACUCACCCCUGGAAUCGGCAGUACGCAACAUUUCUUUGAUGACGACGACAGAAUGGUUCCCAGUACUCCCACUCUGGUGGUCCCACACCGCACUGAUGGCUUUGCUGAGGCUAUACAUUCUCCUCAGGUAGCAGGUCUCUCUACCAGGUUUAGAUUUGGUCCUCCGGAAGACCUGAUGCCUCAAACAUCAGCAUCGCACUCUGACCUGGGACAACUGGCCUCUCAAGGAGGUUUGGGUAUGUAUGAGUCUCCUCUGUUCCUGGCUGCUCAUGAUGAAGAUGGAGGAGGACGGAGUGUCCCUACCACGCCUUUACAAGUGGCUGCACCAGUGACAGUCUUCACCGAGUCGCUGCCUUCAGACAGUGGUGACAACAUGGCCUCACAGUCUGUUCCCAUGGUCACAGCCUCCACGGGGAUGGCUUCCGCUGCAGAUGAUAUAGAUGAGGUGUUCGUGGAGCAAGAAGCAGAGGGACUUGGUAUUGAGUCGUCUUUGGAAAGCCAGACAGACAUGGAGUCAACAGGGCAGCAGAGUGAUGAUGCAUCCCUGCCAUCUACCAGCCAAGACCCCGACACCAGCAGUGUUACUCAGCGUCGUAUGAUGAGCAGCCAAUCCCCGAUCAGCAGCCUGUCAGGCAGAGGAACCAGAGGAGGGAGGGGAGAAGCCAGGAUGUUUCUCAGCCGCAGAGGGACUUACUCUCGGGGAGGAAGGGGAGGAGCCAUGGGCAGAGGAGGCUUUGCCUAAUGAUGAUGUCAGCAGCCUCAGUAAUCUCAUCCAAUGAGGAAAUGAAAAGAGGCCUAAUUCCCAGAUUAAUAAUUUUUUGUUUAUCUUAAAUCAUUUGCUACAGUAAUAAAUGUUGUGUCCUAUCAUAAUCAGCAAACACUCUAGAACUUAGAGACAUGAUAGCUUUCUUCACGUUUGUAUAUGAUCCUCUCUCUGGUAUGAGGUCAUAUUGUUAGUGAAAUCCAGAAUUUUUAAUUGUGUUUUGAUAUUUUUGUUUUUAUGUGUAUUUCUUAAUGCAGCUUUUGUCUUCUGAUGUUACUUCCUCCAUUUGUUCUAUCAGGGCUGUUAAUACACUUGUUUAAAU